CCAUGAUCUACCCUUAUAUCUUCUUGAGAGGGCCAUGCGGUUCUUCCUAGUCACACUCCUCGAUCUUAACUGCAACAUUCUCAAGCAAGAUGCCUCCCGGACCGUACGCUGAUCCCUCCUCCACCCUCGACUCUGACUUCGAAUUCAUCGAUCGCGAGGUCACUGACGGCAAUAACCAUGGAUCCUUUCCAGAAUACAUCAUCAACGAACAACCGAUGUUCUCCCCCCGCCCCCUGCGUAUCAUCACCCUCGGCGCCGGAGCAAGUGGUUUGAACAUGAUCUAUCAACUCCGCAAAUACGACACGGAAAACCUCAUCACCCACAUCGUCUACGAAAAGAACCACGACAUCGGUGGCACUUGGUUGGAGAACAGGUAUCCUGGGUGUGCGUGUGAUAUCCCCUCCCAUGCGUACCAGUUUUCUUGGGCUCCAAAUCCGGAUUGGACGUCGUAUUACCCGGGUGCGGUGGAGAUUUAUGAAUAUUUCAAGAGGGUUGCGGUGGAGCAUGAUUUGCUGAGAUACGUGCAGUUGAACCAUAAGGUUGCUGGGGCGGAGUGGAAUGAAGAAGAGAGAAGGUGGGAGAUUGAGGUAGAGGACACGACGACGGGGGAGAGGGUGAGUGAUUGGUGUGAUGUGUUCAUCAACGGGAGCGGUGUCCUCAACAACUGGAAAUGGCCGGCGAUCGAGGGAUUGAAGUCGUUUAAAGGGAAUAUGACGCACACUGCGACGUGGGAUACCAAGAGGGAAGCGGAGUUUCUGGAUGGGAAGAAUGUCGCGGUUAUCGGGAACGGGUCGUCGGCUGUGCAAUUGGUGCCGAGUAUUCAGCCUCGUGUCGAAACACUCUCACACUUUUUCCGUACGCCGUGUUGGAUCACGGCUGGGUACGCGCCUCAACAUGCUGGUCCCGAUGGGGCGAAUUUCCAGUAUUCUGUUGAACAGAAAGCCAAGUUUCGCGAGAACCCGGAGGAGUACCUCAAGUACCGCAAAGAGAUCGAAGGGGAGUUAUGUCAGCGGUUCAAGUUCGCAAUCAAGGAUAGUCCUGAACAGCGUGAAGCACGUGAAUUCAGCGAGAAAGAGAUGAAGACGAAGUUGAAGGGUGAUCCGAGGUUGACGGAGUUGUUGAUUCCGACGUUCGCUGUCGGCUGUCGCCGCCCGACGCCGGGGAACGGGUUUUUGGAGGCCAUUGUGCAGGAGAACACGAUUGUCAUCAACAACCCAAUUGUGCGCGUCACUGAGCGAGGAAUCGUGACGCGGACUCCGGAGGGUGGGGAGGAGGAGCAUGUUUUUGACACGAUCAUCUGCGCAACGGGGUUCGAUGUCUCUUUCUCCCCGCGCUUCCCGAUCAUCGGACAGCACAACACCGACCUCCGCUCCAUCUGGGGCCUCAAGAACGCCCAAGGGGAAGAUACGGGAGCGGAGGGAUACCUCUCCCUCGCCGUGCCCAACUUUCCCAACUACUUCUUCUUCAUGGGACCGGCGAGUCCGGUUGCGCAUGGGAGUUUGUUGCCGUGUAUCGAGCAUGUUAGUCAUUAUUUGUUGAAGCUCAUCAAACGGCUCCAGACGGAAAAUAUCCGUUCGCUCUCUCCACAACAAGACGCAACAGACGAUUUUAACGCCCACGCCCAACUCUUCCUCAAACGCACGGCCUGGGCAACCCACUGCCGCUCCUGGUUCAAAAAUGGUCGAAAGAAUGGACCCAUCAGCGCUCUAUGGCCGGGGAGUCGUAUCCAUUAUUUCGAGUGUUUGGCGAAUGUGAGGUGGGAGGACUGGGAGAUGGGGUAUGCUGGGGAUGUUGUAAGGGAUGGGAAGGUUGUGAAGAGGGGAAAUCGGUUUGGGGUUUUGGGGAAUGGGUUUGUGAGGAGGGAGGUGGAGGAGGGACACGAUUUGACGUGGUAUUUGAAUCCGGGGUAUGAUGAUGUUGGGACGGAUUAGAAGAUGAUUAUGAAGGAGAGUUCAGAUAGUUAUACCCAUAUACCCUUGAUC